UUACUGAAUACAGUACAAUGAUUUUUAGUUUAAAUUACAAAGUCAGAGGGGCUGAAGCACCAUGUUACGCCUAUGCUCUGUUCUUUCGAUAUUUUCCAUCAUCUUAUCAAAUUGUGGAGAAGUACACACAAAAAAAGAAGCAGACAAACUUACUUUGUUAAUGAAAACAAAAUGCAAGCAAUGUACUCAUAUUUUCAUAUGUCCUAUGAUAUGCGGUAAAAAUAGCACUAAGCCAACCAUUAAACCCCCACCCACCAAGCUACCUCCAACCUCUACACCGAUCUUUCCACCAACGCCACGUCCGCCGACACUACCACCCCUUCCUCCAGUAACCCCUGCUCCACCGAUCAUACCGCCAUCUCCAUCCCCUCCAACCAAACCUUCCCCACUGCCGCCAGCAACCCCUGCUCCACCGAUCAUACCGCCAUCUCCACCCCCUCCAACCAAACCUUCCCCACUGCCGCCAGCAACCCCUGCACCACCGAUCAUACCAUCUCCACCCCCUCCAACCAAACCUUCCCCACCACAGCCAGCAACCCCUGCACCACCCAUCAUACCAUCUCCAGCCCCUCCAACCAAACCUUCCCCACUACCGCCAGCAACCCCUGCACCACCGAUCAUACCAUCCUCACCGCCACCCACAACCCCUACUAGUCCUUCUGGUGGUCAAGAAAAAAUCCGACCACCCUCACCAGUGACCCAAGCCCCACCAGUUAUUGUUCCCACAUCUGCCCCAGUCCCACCACCAUCGCCAUCCAUUCCUGGAGAAUUAUCAUGUCUAGUACGUCUUGAGAAGAAAGGAUGUUUUAAAGACGAUCAAAUUCCUCCACGUCCUCUUCCAAACUACAUCUUAACUGAUCGCGACAAUACUUUAUCGAUUUACAGUGGCAAAGGAAUUGACUGGGGAAAUUGGGUGAACUAUCUUCCUGAUUUCGUGUGCCGUUGUGCCCAACUUACUAAGUCUAAAAAUUUUAAAUACUUCGGAAUACAAUAUUAUGGUGAAUGUUGGUCAGGUCCUUCAGGAGACGAAAAUUCUUUCAAAGAAGAUGGAGUUUCAACAGAAUGCGUCAACACGAACUGGAAGACAUGUUCUGAUCAAUCAAAAUUAGCUUGUGCUGGAAAGGAGAAAAAUAACUAUGUUUACGCAAUUGUUUAAUGUAUUUUGUAGUAGUUUGAAAUGAUCUGUAACCUAGUCUGGGAGGAAUAUAAAUAGGAAAUAGCCUAAAGUGUUAUUGCAUGCAUUCACCGCUAGAUCAUAAUGUUAUUGUUAGAUCAUAAUGUUACUGUUAGAUCAUAAUGUUACUGUUAGAUCAUAAUGUUACUGUUAGAUCAUAAUGUUACUGUUAGAUCAUAAUGUUACUGUUAGGUCAUAAUGUUACUGUUAGAUCAUAAUGUUACUGUUAGAUCAUAAUGUUACUGUUAGAUUAUAAUGUUACUGUUAGAUCAUAAUGUUACUGUCAGCGUUAACCUAUAGUUAACAUGGCUCCAGUUUCGGCUGACCGUUGAUAAAUAGAAACGAAAAUGUCAGCAAAAAGGAAAUGAAAUUUAUUAUAAAAAUUAUUAAAAUUUCUCCUGCUGCAUGGGCAUAUAUAUGCUUCACUAAAGUUUUACAUUACCCCAUGCUGAACUUCGACAUAAUUUAAUUUGUUCGAAAUGCCUUUUUCAAACAAAUCUAUCCCCUUUCAUGAAAAAGUUCCAAUUCCAUCUCAAAACAUUUACAUAUCCGGGGGCAUAAAAUAUUCCUUACCGCUACAUGGCUGGUUUGGGGUUGGUUUAUUACUGUUUCCUUGGCACAGUUUAUAGACAAACAGUCGGACUGCAGUGUGGAGAGUACUACUUAGCUAUAUACGGUGCCGUUUAUAAGUAACACGUAUCAGGCCGAACGAAAAUUUUACAAAAUAUACUGAUAACAGUGAGUCAAAUCCAACGGGGGUGGAAGUCAAUUUGAUACCUCCUCACCUCGUCCUUUCAUAUCUAUAAACUGUGCCAGGGAAACAGGAAUAAACCAGCCGUAAACUAGAUAAAAUGAAAAUAUUUGUUCCGUUGCACGAAUAAAAACAUUCAAUACAGCAAAUACACAAAAAUAGAGCUAAUGCGUUUACCGUAAACGUCGAAUUCGUACUAUUAAUGUA